CAACCCUCAAGGAUUUCUCCUUCGGAUCAUUUUCUGAUCUUCCUUCAUCAUGACAGCUGAAGACAAGCAAGUGGUCCAGCAAGGAAGCACACCGUUGAAGUCGUUCCUGUCUGGUGGAUUCGGCGGUAUGUGCUUGGUUGCCGCGGGACACCCCCUCGACUUGAUCAAGGUGAACAUGCAAACGAUGCCGACACCCAAGGCCGGGGAAGCCCCUCUAUAUGCGAGUGCCACAGAUUGCGCACGCAAAAUCAUCGCCAAGGACGGUGUGAAGGGUCUGUACCGCGGCAUGUCGGCGCCAUUGGUCGGUGUAACGCCUAUUUUCGCCAUUUGCUUCUGGGGGUACGACAUGGGAGCCUUGAUUGCGCGCAAAGCUGCUGGGAUGUCAGACUCGGACAAGCUAUCGAUGAACCAGAUCAUGUUUGCUGGUGGGUUCUCUGCCAUUCCCACUACCCUUGUCAUGGCGCCUGGUGAGCGGAUCAAGUGCCUUCUCCAGAUCCAAUCGCAAGCUGUGGCCCGAGGUGAACCAAUUCAGUUCAACGGCAUGAGCGACUGCGCCAAGCAUCUGUACAAGACCGGUGGCCUUCGCAGCGUCUUCACGGGUUGGGAAGCGACCUUGCUUCGCGACGUGCCUGGGUCCGUGGGGUACUUUGCGGGGUACGAAGGCGUGAAGCGCGCGUUGACUCCUGCCGGUCAAUCGCCCGAGGAAUUGAACGCGUUCCGAACGUUUAUUGCUGGUGGUAUGGCUGGUGUGAUCAACUGGGUCGUGGCCAUCCCGCCGGAUGUGAUCAAGUCCCGCAUCCAAGCGGCCCCUGAAGGCACGUACGCCUCGGGAUUCUCGGGCAUUGCCGACGCGUACAAAAAGCUGGUUGCCGCGGAAGGCCAUGGCGCCCUCUUCAAGGGCGUGGGGCCGGCCAUGGCCCGUGCCUUCCCUGCGAACGCUGCAUGCUUCUUGGGCGUUGAAGUGUCCAAGAAGGUACUCACGCUGCUCGGGUUGAAUUUUUAAUCCCAUAGACAGGUUGAAGUUACAAUAUACUAGUAAUAAUGAAACCGUCAUCCGGAUAGUACGUGUAACUGCCGGAACAGCAA